AUGAGUGUUCAUGAGUCCUCCAAUGCCGAAAAGGAACAUCUAGACGAUGAUCGCCUAGACGAGGAGCUUGCGAUCAAGCCCACACAGACCGCCCAAACUGCUCACCAUGAUGUCGUUUUCGGAGAGAUCACUGACGAAGGCCCUAACUAUCGCAAUGUUGGCUUCCUCGGAACAGUCAUUUUAAUGAUGAAGAGUCAGAUCGGUUUGGGAAUCCUCUCCAUCCCAAGCGCUUUCAAUGCCCUCGGAAUGGUUCCAGGCGUUAUCGUUCUCUGUGGUGUUGCCGCGAUCACCACUUGGUCUGACUAUGUCAUUGGCCGUUUUAAGCUCAAUCACCGCGAGGUGUAUGGAAUUGACGAUGCGGCAGCCUUAAUGUUUGGCCCAAUUGGCCGUUGGUUUUUAUCCGUUGUAUUUUGCCUUUACUACAUUUUUGUAAGCGCAUCCGGCAUCCUAGGACUUUCAAUCGGUUUGAACGCAGUAUCGACUCACGGCCUCUGUACCGUGAUCUUCGCCGUCAUUGCAGCGAUCCUCGGCUUCGCAACCGCUAGUGUACGGACUCUGGGCCGCAUCACAUGGCUGGCAUGGGUUGGUCUACCAUGUGUAAUCAUAUCGGUGAUGAUUGUUACGAUUGCGGUCAGUCUCCAAGAUCGUCCUUCCUCCGCACCAAAGGGCGACGGCCCCUGGACUUCAGAUUUCAAGAUUGUUGGUAGCCCAACCUUUGUCGAAGGAAUCACUGGAGUGUCCAAUCUCGUGUUUGCAUUCUCUGGUACACCUGGGUUCUUCGCUAUUGUAUCGGAGAUGCGUAAUCCUCGCCAAUUCACCCCAGCGCUCCUUAUCUGCCAAGCUACUGUGACCUCCAUCUACCUGAUUGUGGCUUGUAUCAUAUACUACUACUGCGGCUCGUAUGUAUCGUCGCCCGCUCUCGGCUCUGCUGGUGGACUUGUGAAACAAAUAUCUUAUGGAAUCGCGCUGCCCGGGCUGGUUGUUACGACGACCAUAGUCACACAUAUUCCUGCCAAGUAUAUGUUUGUUCAUAUCCUUCGUGGCUCUCGGCACUUGACCAGCAACAGCUUUAUCCAUUGGAUUACCUGGCUCAGUUGCACACUCGGCGUCACUGUAAUCGCAUAUAUCAUCGCCAGUACCAUCCCUGCAUUUGACGCUUUGGUAUCUCUCAUCGGAGCCUUGCUAGGAACAAUCCUUUGUUUGCAACCAUACGGCUGCAUGUGGUUAUACGACAACUGGUCUACAGGUAGAGAGAAAAAGUCUUGGUGGCUGAUGGUCUCUCUCAGUUUCUUCGUGGUCGCUUUCGGAUCAUUUGUUACCGUUGGAGGCACAUAUGGAACCGUGAUCGGCAUCAUGGACUCUUACAAAGCGUCCGGUGGUGCCUCUGCCUUUUCCUGCGCGGACAAUUCAAACUCGACUUGA